UCGGAUUAGCCGGUCCCGUCCGCUCCACUCUACCAGAAGCCUCGAGGACGGUCCAGAUGCCCGCACUGCCCAGCCGCCUCGGGGCCACGGAGGAAGCCGGGCAGGGCCGCCGAGGUGCCAGCCGAAGCAGCAUGGCCCAGACACCGCUCCUUGGAUCCAACCGGUCCGGCAACGGGAGCGACCCCCUGCCGAGCGGGGGGACCUGGGGAUCCCUUAGCCCCGAAGACCUGAACCUGACCGCAGAGGACCUACGCAUCAAGUACCUGGGGCCCCGGCAGUCGAACUUCUUCACCCCGGUGUGUGCCGCCUACCUGCUGAUCUUCGCCGUGGGGGCCACGGGCAACGCCCUGACCUGCGCGGUCAUCCUGCGGCACAAGGCCAUGCGUUCCCCGACCAACUAUUACCUGCUCAGCCUGGCCGUGUCCGACCUGCUGGUGCUGCUCCUGGGCAUGCCCCUGGAGCUGUACGAGAUGUGGUGCAACUACCCUUUCUUGCUGGGGGCCGGCGGCUGCUACUUCAAGAUCCUGCUGUUCGAGACCGUGUGCCUGGCCUCCGUGCUCAACGUCACGGCCCUCAGCGUGGAGCGCUACGUGGCCGUGGUGCACCCGCUCAGAGCCAAGUCCACCGUGACCCGGACGCACGCCCGCCGGGUCAUCGGGGCCAUCUGGGCCCUGGCGGUGCUCUGCUCCCUGCCCAACACCGCCCUGCACGGGCUGCAGGAUCUGGAGGUGCCGGGCUGGGGGACGGUGCCCGACUCGACCAUCUGCACCUUGAUCCGGCCCCGGGCCAUCUACAACGUGGUGGUGCAGGUGACCACCGUGCUCUUCUUCUUCCUGCCCAUGGCCACCAUCAGCGUGCUCUACCUGUUCGUCGGCCUGCAGCUGCGCCAGGAGAAGCUGCUGCAGGGGAUGGAGGCCAAGGCCGGGGGCACAGGCGGGGCUGGCCUGGGGGACUUCCACCGAGCCCGCCUGCGGCAGGAAGCGGCCCGCCGUCGGCAGGUCACCAAGAUGCUCUUCGUGCUUGUGGUGGUAUUUGGGAUCUGCUGGGCCCCAUUCCACACUGACCGCCUCAUGUGGAGCUUCGUGUCCCACUGGACCGAGGAGCUGAUCCAGGCUUUCCAGUAUGUGCACGUGGCCUCCGGCAUCUUCUUCUACCUCAGCUCAGCCACCAACCCGGUGCUCUACAGCCUCAUGUCCAGCCGCUUCCGAGAGACCUUCCGGGAAGCCCUUUGCCACAGGGGUGGGGGCUGUCAGGGACCCACCCACCUCUCCUCUAUCAGCCUGACCCGGACCACCACGCGCAGCACAAUGUGUGAGCUGGGACUCCUGGGCCAAGGAGCCCUCCCCCUUACUGAAGGUGAGGGCCAAGACCAGGAGCCUUCUCCUGUGGAGGAGGAAGAGGACCCUAAAGACCCUUUCUCCUGAGGGGGUGAGUCUGGAAACAUCUCGGACCCAGGAGGAAGCCCAAAACUGCAUUCGUUUGCGGGAAAUCUGAAACUGCUUUUGUUGUAGGGGAGCCUGAAACUGUCUUUGCUUGCAGGGGAGCCUGAAACUGCCCUCGCUCCCCAGGGAAGCCUCAAGCUGCCUUUGCUUGCGGGGGAGCCCGAAACUACCUUCUCCUGAGCAGGAUUCAGAGAGGUUGUUUUUUCUUUUUUUUUUUUUUUUUUCCUGAAGCUGAACUCAAAACUGUCUUUUCCCAAGAGGAAGAACUUGUCGGUCUCCACUCCAAAUAUCCCCGCUUCAUGUAGCAAAAGCUCAGGUUGGAUCUUUAGCCUCUCCCAUCUCCCAUCCUCUGAAAGGAUGCCUUUCCUAUUGAAAGGGAUUUCAGGUGGAACCAAUCCUUUCAACCCUCACUCUCCCCACCAGCACCAACUUGUCCCUGACAACUUCCCCCUCACCCACACACAUACACUCUCUGCAGCCCUGUAAAAGCAGUGUGAGCAGCAUUCUCACCAUCACACACUGUAGGUUUUUUUAAGCCCCCCCCCCCCCCAAAUAUUCACAACACUGCCACACACAAUAAAACGCCUAUCAUCCCCAACGAGAGGCCCCAUUCCAAGAAAACUGUGGUUUUCUCUCCCCUUGCCCUGUACGCAUGAUUGCCUGGCCGCUUGUUUCCUCUUUCCUUCUCUGACCUAUCCAUCCGUCUGCUUUCGUGGGUUUCCCUUUGAUUUUGAUUCUCUGUGGUCACCUCCUCUUUCUUGCUUUCACGCUCUCCCUUCUCUAGUACAGUGGUCUGGGUCCGUCUGUUUGUCUGGCUCUCUGUCUGCCACCUGAAAGGAACGCAUCUACCAACUCUGUUGUAUUGUACUCUCCCAAGUGUUUAGUACAGUGCUCUGCACACGGUAAACGCUCAAUAUAUACCAUUGAUGGGGAUGAUGAUGAUGACGUGUACAUAGCUCGCUAUUUAUAUAAGAUCUGAGCAACUCUUCAAUUAAAAUAAAAUUGCAAAU